CACGGUACUCAACAAUCUUCAAACGUCAAAGUCAUAUUUCAGAUAACAAAGAUCGUCCCUCAAAUCGCCAUGAUUUUCGACGCGGUUUCAUCCGCCGCGGCUGGAAGCGUAUUUGGUGCCGCCCUAUUGGCCUCAGGCGUACAUCACCCGGCGAUCAUCCAGGAACAAUUCCGACUGAAUAACUUCCGCAUGCUGCACACCUUUACGAUCGCUAUGGGAUCUGGCGCAAUUGCCAUGUUGGCCCUGAAAUUGCGGGGCUCUCCUUCUCCGCGUCAGCACGUUCGCAGCAACACGCCGCUCGGCACCCGCCUUGGCCAAUACGACGGGAACCUGAUCGGCGGCGCAAUUCUCGGCGUGGGGAUGGCUCUUACCGGCGCUUGUCCCGGCACCAUGAUCGUGCAGCUCGCCGACUCCGGGACUUACUGGUCGUUCGGGUCUGUGCAACUCACCUUGCUCGGAGCGCUGACCGGUGCUGUCUUGCAUGCCCUCUUCUCUCGUCAGCUCAAACGUAGCUGCGACCGUGACGUCUACUCUGAUCCGGCCUCAGCACCAAAGCCCUCACCAUCGAAACCCACUUUAUCCGAUGUCACUGGUAUGUCGGAGGCAGCAGUCUAUGUGGCGUUCGGUACCGCGAUCGCCGCCAUACUCCGGUAUACUCCUGUCAUUGCGGACGGUAAUGCCAUGACGACUCCAAUUGUUGGUGGACUCAUCAUCGGCUUGGCUCAAGUAUCAUCGCUUCUACUGACCGGCGGACUGGUUGGCGUUUCGACAAGUUACGAGCAAGCCGCGCGAUAUGUUCUCAACGCAUUUGGCAUAUCAGGAAUCGAAAAGCCCCGCUGGCCACCAAGGGCAAUCGUCUUCUCGGCUGGUAUCUUCGCCGGUGCACUAGGCCUUUCCAAGUCGGGCCUGAGGACGGAAACUGCGGCGAGUCUUAUCAACCGGGAUUUGUUGUCAACGGCAGCACUGCCCAGCUGGCAAGCGUUCUUGGGUGGUCUGGCGGUAGUCUUUGGCGCGAGGACUGCUGGAGGUUGCACGUCUGGCCAUGGACUUUCAGGUCUCGCCUCCCUCUCAUUCUCGAGCUUUCUGACCGUCGCAGCCAUUUUUGGAGCUGGCAUCGGUACUACGCUGUUAAUGGAUCGAAUCUAAUGCGCGAGUGCACCGCAUGUGCACAAUGCAGUUUAUACCUCUCAACAUUGAACUUUCAACGCAGAGUCUGUGACAAUUCUUUUGACGUG